UUUUCCUAGGAAAUUCCAUUUUCGUCAUUCUCUCAUGCGAAGAAACUGAGAAUAUGCCUUGAUAAAAUCACGCGAUUGGUGUAAUAGUGACCAAUAACAGUGUUUCUUUUGAUAUGAUUAUUGUUACUAUUAGCAACAAUCAACACCGCCAAACCAGGAUUCCUAUUCUGUCUUGUUUAUUAUAAUUUAACUACGUACAUUAAUUUGUAAUUAAUAUGAAUAUUGUUUAAAGUAAAAAAGCUUUAAACAAUGUCAGCUAACUCAUUGCCGGUUGGAAAUGAUAGUAAUAACAUUGUAAUAUUUGAUAUUUCAAAGAAUGAAAGAAAAUUAAACGAAGAAUAUAAAUCUCUGCAAAGGAAAUUAAAACCAAAGUGGAAAUUCAUUGAAAAUACCGAUGUACUAACUCAAGAAUUCCUUUUAACUGGCAAAAUUCUGAUUUUGGCUGGUCCAGAAAACAAAUUCACAGAGUUAGAAAUGAAUUCUAUCAGGGCAUUUAUAAAUUCUGGUGGAUAUGUUUUAGUCAUGCUAGGAGAAGGUGGAGAAAGAAAAUUUAAUACGAAUAUCAAUUACUUAUUAGAAGAAUUCGGCAUAAUGAUUAAUAACGACUGCGUCGUAAGAAUAAAUUACCAUCAAACAUUUCAUCCGAAAGAAUGUACUAUUCGUAAAGGCUUAUCUAAUAAAUCUAUAUUUGUGAAAAAUUUUGAAAACAAAGAAUUGGAAUUUUUGUAUCCAUAUGGGGCUACUUUGAAUGUUGUAAAACCAUCGCUUGUUGCCAUAUCCAGUGGCACCGUUACAAUUCCUACGAACCGCCCUAUCUGCGCAUAUUACUCAUCCAAAUCAACAUCCGGCAAACUCGUAGUUCUAGGUUCCUCGAAAAUAUUAACUGACAUGUACAUAGAUAAAGAUAGUAAUGAUACUCUCAGAGAUAUGAUUUUUGGAUUUUUCGAGUCUGAUGCGAUUGAAACAAACGAUAUUCAGAGUGAUGAUACCGAUUAUUGGGAAUAUAACUUUAUACCUGAUAUUACGCAACAAGCAGACAAACCACGAGUUUGUACACAAGAUACGGACAGCGUCGAUGUCCCGAGAGAGUAUACAAAACUUUUCAAGCACGACUUGUAUGACAUUAAUCUAGAUAUGGUUCCUGCUAGCUUAAAAGCUUACGAAGAUUUAGAUGUGAAGCAUGAGCCUUUAAGUUUAAUUGCUCCGAACUUUGAAACACCUUUACCUCCAACUCAACUAUCUGUUUUUCCACCAAGUUUUCAAGAACUUCCGCCACCAGCCUUAGAAUUAUAUGAUUUAGAUGAAGCAUUUAGUUCAAAUAUUUUAAAACUUUCACAGUUAACAAAUAAGUAUAUGUCUGAUGCUAAUUCUUCAAGUGAAAAAGAAUUAGAUUAUUAUAUACGAGAAUUCGGCGCGAUGAUGAGAAUUAAUAAUAUAGAAAAUCUUUCAGCUAAAAAUAUAUUAAAUUAUGUUUUUCAAAAAAUUAGUAAUUAUAAGAAAGCCAGAAAUUAACAGAGCAGACUUUUUUAUAACGACUCCAGUUGUUUAU